CGGCGGCGGCGGCGGCAGCGGAGCCCCCAGCCCGGGCCCCGAUGAGUAACUCGCGCAACAACCGGGUGAUGGUGGAAGGGGUCGGGGCGCGGGUGGUUCGCGGCCCGGACUGGAAGUGGGGGAAGCAGGACGGUGGCGAGGGCCAUGUGGGCACUGUGCGGAGCUUCGAGAGUCCCGAAGAGGUGGUGGUGGUGUGGGACAACGGGACCGCCGCCAACUACCGCUGCUCCGGGGCCUACGACCUGCGCAUCCUGGACAGCGCUCCCACCGGCAUCAAACACGAUGGGACUAUGUGUGAUACCUGCCGCCAACAACCUAUCAUUGGCAUUCGGUGGAAGUGUGCUGAGUGUACAAAUUACGAUCUGUGCACAGUGUGCUAUCAUGGAGAUAAGCAUCACUUGAGGCAUCGCUUUUACAGAAUCACCACACCAGGAAGCGAGAGGGUUCUGUUGGAGUCUCGUAGGAAAUCUAAGAAGAUUACAGCCAGAGGAAUCUUCGCAGGUGCCAGAGUGGUACGAGGAGUGGACUGGCAGUGGGAAGACCAGGAUGGAGGAAGCGGGCGCCGGGGAAAGGUAACGGAAAUCCAAGACUGGAGUGCUUCAAGCCCACACAGUGCGGCCUAUGUUCUUUGGGAUAAUGGUGCUAAGAACCUGUACCGAGUGGGCUUUGAAGGCAUGUCUGAUCUGAAGUGUGUCCAGGAUGCCAAAGGAGGUUCUUUCUACAGAGAUCAUUGCCCUGUGCUAGGUGAGCAGAAUGGCAACAGGAAUCCUGGUGGAUUGCAGAUUGGUGACCUGGUAAAUAUAGAUCUUGACCUAGAAAUUGUGCAGUCUCUGCAGCAUGGUCACGGUGGCUGGACUGAUGGGAUGUUUGAGACUUUAACUACCACGGGAACCGUCUGUGGCAUUGAUGAAGAUCAUGACAUUGUAGUGCAGUAUCCAAGUGGCAAUAGGUGGACCUUUAAUCCUGCUGUCCUUACCAAAGCCAACAUUGUCCGCAGUGGGGACGCUGCACAGGGUGCAGAAGGAGGCACCUCCCAGUUUCAAGUGGGUGACCUUGUGCAAGUUUGUUAUGAUCUGGAAAGAAUUAAACUUCUACAAAGAGGGCAUGGAGAAUGGGCUGAAGCAAUGCUACCAACUUUAGGUAAAGUUGGCCGAGUACAACAGAUUUAUUCUGACAGUGACUUAAAGGUGGAAGUGUGUGGAACUUCUUGGACAUAUAAUCCAGCAGCAGUUUCCAAGGUAGCAUCUGCAGGAUCAGCUAUCAGCAAUGCCUCUGGUGAAAGACUCUCUCAGCUCCUGAAGAAAUUAUUUGAAACUCAAGAAUCUGGUGAUCUCAAUGAAGAAUUAGUUAAGGCUGCUGCAAAUGGAGAUGUUGCCAAAGUGGAAGAUUUGCUAAAAAGACCAGAUGUGGAUGUAAAUGGACAAUGUGCUGGCCACACAGCUAUGCAGGCUGCUAGUCAAAAUGGACACGUUGAUAUCUUGAAGUUACUUUUGAAGCAAAAUGUGGAUGUAGAAGCAGAGGAUAAGGAUGGAGACAGAGCUGUCCACCAUGCGGCUUUUGGGGAUGAAGGUGCUGUGAUAGAGGUAUUGCACCGCGGCAGCGCUGACCUGAACGCACGCAACAAGCGCCGGCAGACACCGCUGCACAUCGCUGUCAACAAGGGUCACCUCCAGGUUGUGAAGACACUAUUGGACUUUGGCUGUCACCCGAGUCUUCAGGACUCAGAAGGUGAUACCCCUCUACAUGAUGCCAUCAGCAAGAAACGCGAUGACAUCCUUGCUGUCCUCCUGGAAGCAGGAGCUGAUGUCACCAUCACAAACAACAAUGGAUUCAAUGCUCUGCACCAUGCUGCACUUCGGGGAAAUCCCAGUGCAAUGCGUGUUUUACUCUCAAAAUUACCAAGGCCAUGGAUUGUGGAUGAGAAGAAAGAUGAUGGUUAUACUGCUUUACAUCUGGCUGCCCUUAAUAACCAUGUGGAAGUGGCUGAACUGUUAGUACACCAGGGUAAUGCAAACCUGGAUAUCCAGAAUGUGAACCAACAGACUGCUCUACAUCUUGCCGUUGAGCGACAGCAUACCCAGAUCGUUAGGCUUUUGGUCCGUGCUGGUGCCAAGCUGGAUAUUCAGGAUAAAGAUGGUGAUACUCCUCUGCAUGAAGCUCUGAGGCAUCACACGUUGUCUCAGCUGCGUCAGCUGCAAGACAUGCAAGAUGUGGGGAAGGUAGAUGCUGCCUGGGAACCAUCGAAAAACACACUGAUAAUGGGAUUGGGAACCCAGGGGGCAGAGAAGAAGAGCGCAGCAUCUAUUGCCUGUUUCUUGGCAGCCAAUGGAGCUGACCUUGGCAUUCGCAAUAAGAAGGGUCAGUCGCCACUUGAUCUCUGUCCUGAUCCAAGUCUCUGCAAAGCGUUGGCAAAGUGUCACAAGGAAAAAGUCAGUGGUCAGGUGGGUUCUCGGAGUCCUUCUAUGAUUAGCAAUGAUUCUGAAACCUUAGAAGAAUGUAUGGUGUGCUCAGAUAUGAAGAGAGAUACACUUUUUGGCCCAUGUGGACAUAUUGCAACCUGUUCUUUAUGUUCUCCACGAGUCAAGAAAUGCCUCAUCUGUAAAGAGCAAGUUCAGUCUAGGACAAAGAUUGAAGAGUGUGUGGUGUGCUCUGACAAGAAAGCAGCUGUUCUUUUUCAGCCCUGUGGACACAUGUGUGCUUGUGAAAACUGUGCCAGCCUGAUGAAGAAGUGUGUGCAGUGCCGGGCCGUGGUGGAGCGCAGGGCACCGUUCAUCCUGUGCUGCGGUGGCAAGGGCGCUGAGGACGCCGGUGAUGAGCUUGCAAGUGGGAAUAUUCCAGUGUUACAAAAGGACAAGGAUAAUACCAAUGUCAACGCAGAUGUGCAGAAGUUACAGCAACAGUUACAGGACAUUAAGGAACAGACAAUGUGCCCUGUGUGUCUGGAUCGUCUGAAGAAUAUGAUCUUCCUCUGUGGCCAUGGAACGUGCCAGCUCUGUGGAGACCGCAUGAGUGAAUGUCCCAUUUGUCGCAAGGCUAUUGAACGAAGGAUCCUUCUGUACUAAGAAACAGUGUUUGGCUAGCCAGAGUAUGUGGUUAUGAGUCUUAGAUUUUAAGCAAGUUGGAAGUU